AGCGGAAUGAGACGGAUUGUGAUGUCUGAAAUCCCAGCCGCUGAUAGGAAAUGGUUUCUCCCCGGAUGGAAAAUAGAAGCCGAAUAUUCCAACAAAGUGCUGAUCGGGAACUGGGCCGAGGAACGGCAAGAGUUUAAGAGAGGCUCGGAUUCCUCGAGGGCCAGCUGUUAUGGAAAGGACUUCGUCUCGUUCCCGAUGGACGGUUCCAGCGCGAUGCUGGGGAGGGCGAUUACCAAGAAAAUGCAGCUGAUGACAAUCUGUGUUCUUGUAUUACAGGGUCUGCCAAAGAAACAUCUGACAACCCAUCAUGGAGUCCCCGACUCGAAAUACUUGGUGUCUUUAUACGACGACGAUUACAUAAGACACGGAAAUUCGCUUUUGCCUCCGAUUCGGACUUAUAAUAAACACCGAUUAAUUUGGGUUCCAGAGCGCUCCAGCAAUCCUACUGCAGAGCCUCCCACCAACUAUGGUCUGAAGAAGGUGAAAGAAAUGCAAUGGAGAGAAAGUUCCUCCAAAGACGUGAGAAGCGUUUAUUCCACUUCUUACAAGAAUCUGCCGCCUUCUGCCUUUGCGGCCGCCCGCUAUGGAGUGGCCCCCCGCGCUCUGUCCAGUAAUAUGAACCAAAAUAACAACGUCAACAAGAGCUUACAGCUCAGGAACCAGAGACCUCUUCAGGUUCCCGACUAUCCAGCGGGGAGAACCAAGCGCAGCACCGUGACCAAGUUACCUCCUCUGCGUCAGAAACCACUGACCGCCGCGGAAUAAACGACCCCAAGGCUUUGGGGGAUAAACUUGUGUUUUGUUAGUUUAAGAAACAUAAUAAACUGAUC